AUGACGACCCGUGGACUCUCAAUCGACGGAGUCCGAUUUCGAGAUGCCCAAGGACGCGAGGUGACCUUUCGCGGCAUCAACGUCGCCGGAGACUGCAAACUCCCCCGUCACCCGAGCCAACCCUCGCACGAACAGAAGGACUUCUUCGACUACAAAAAUGUCUCGUUCGUGGGACGCCCUUUCACGGAAGAUGAGGCACAUGUACACUUUGCCAGGAUAAAGAGAUGGGGAUACAACGUUAUUCGGUACCUCUUCACUUGGGAAGCUCUGGAACAUGCUGGACCGGGCCAAUACGACGAGGAGUUUAUAGACCACACCAUCAAGAUCCUGCGGAUAGCAAAGUCCUACGGUCUCUAUGUCUUUAUGGAUCCUCAUCAGGAUGUCUGGUCCAGAUUCACCGGCGGCUCUGGCGCACCUCUUUGGACCCUGUAUGCUUGUGGACUGGACCCGGAGACCUUUGCGGCGAAUCAAGCUGCGGUUGUUCAUAACACAUGGCCGGAUCCUGCACAAUUUCCCAAGAUGCUGUGGCCGACGAACUACACCCGUCUGGCUACCGAGACGACCUUCACCCUGUUCUAUGCUGGUCGGGACUUUGCACCAAACGCCAUCAUAGACGGCAAAAACAUCCAGGAUUACUUGACGGACCAUUUUAUUGCCGCUUGUGCACACCUAGCCCAGAGAAUACACGACUCAGGCGGACUGGAGGAUGAAUGUAUAAUUGGGUGGGAAACGAUGAACGAGCCGCAUCGAGGAUUGAUUGGUUGGGAAGACCUCAAUGGGCUUCCGGAAGAGCUCAAAAUGAGGAAAGGAACAAUGCCAACGCCGUGGCAAUCCAUUCUCACGGGAUCGGGCCGUGCUGCAGAGGUCGACGUCUACGAAUUCAGCACGUUCGGGCCAUACAAGAGCGGUCGAGAACUGGUGGACCCGGAAGGUGUAUCGGCGUGGCUGUCGAAAGACUUCGACGACACGCAGUACGGCUGGAAGCGAGACCCGGGCUGGAGACUCGGCGAGUGCCUGUGGGCUCAGAACGGCGUCUGGGAUCCCACUCAGGACCAACUCUUGAAGCCAGAUUAUUUCGCCUCGAUACCCAAGUCGGGAGAGAAGUUGGACUAUCUCAAAUAUACCAACAUAUACUAUAUGCAGCAUUUCCGGAAGUACAGAGAUGCUCUGCGAGCGAUCCACAAAGAUUGUCUGAUCCUGGUGCAAUCAGCUGUUCUGGAAAUACCUCCGAGCAUCAAGGGCACUAUUGACGACGACAAGAGGCUGGUCUUCUCCACUCAUUACUACGACGGCAUCACGCUGCUUCAGAAGCACUGGAACAAAUACUACAACGUGGAUGUUUUUGGGAUCCUGCGCCACAAAUACUCCAACCCCGUGUUCGCUGUUCGGCUUGGUGAGACGGCCAUUAGGAACUGUCUACGGGACCAGUUGAAGGCUAUACGUGAGGAAGGCGUAACUUAUCUUGGGGAGCAUCCUACACUCUUCACCGAGAUUGGUAUUCCCUUCGAUAUGGAUGAUAAAUACGCCUACAAGUCUGGCGACUAUUCGAGCCAGAUCUCGGCCUUAGAUGCCAAUCAUUUCGCCUUGGAAGGCUCGGGGUCUCAGGGGUAUACCUUAUGGACUUAUGUAGUUGAGAACAAUCACCAAUGGGGAGACUUAUGGAAUGGCGAAGAUCUCUCCGUUGUCUCGGUCGACGAUCCUCUCCUCCCAAAUGCCUCGACCUUGUCGGCCCUUCCCACUACCAACCCCUCCACAGCAUCCUUAGGCCGGGAGUCAACUUCAUAUUCAAGCACAACACUGUCCGAUUCGACCACAAUAAACCCGUCAAACCUCAAAGACGCGCUGAAGUCUCCCCAGAUCAACCAGACGCAAGCUACACCUCCGAGGGGCACAGAGGGUCCAGUUGGUUUCCGUGCUGCCGAAGCGUGGGUUCGGCCUUCUCCGAUCGCAACCGUCGGCGACGUCGUGUCUUACGGCUUCGAUUUGAAAUCCGUGACAUUCACCUUCUCGUUGACAUCAGACAGUGCGACAAAGGAGUCCGUCCCCACGGAGAUUUUCUUGCCCGAGUUCCAUUUCCCGCCUGGGAAGACGCAGGUGGAGGUGAGUGGCGGACGAUGGAGAAUCGACACGGUGGAUGUCGACGGGGAAGCGAUGCAAGUCAUGAAAUGGUGGCACGGGGCGGGCGAACAGACCAUGACAGUCAAGGGCAUGAAGAGGAAACCGGGCGCGCUGAACGAGGAGGACGAUUCGGAAGCCGGAUACCUCGAGACAAUGCGCGAGAGCUGUUCCAUCAUGUGA